CGGUUCACUGAAAACGUACCACCCUCGCGAUCAACCGCGAAGAAAAAUGAAGUGUGCGAAGCUUCAUUUACAACAACGAGUUAAAGGGAAGCUCAAAAGAGAUGGUACCUCAACUCCAGAGAAGCCUAGACGUUACUGCCAGAGGAAAUUGGUGAACCCUAACCAUGAAGAAGAUCCCAGAUGGAUAGAUAUUUUUGACAGGUUCCACGUCAAUAUGAAAAAUGAGGAAUAUGGUGACGUAAUCGACAGCGUACGAGUUCCCCAAGAAAAUGAGGACAUGGUUUUAACAGUACAAACUUUGAAGUUUCAAGGCGAUGUCGAUCAAACUAUACGACCAAGAACUAGUUUCAAAUAUAAGAAGAACACAGACGUAAACAAACACAGAAUGUUUGUCAAACAACCAGUUAGCGACCAUGAUUUCAGCGAUGAUGAUAGGUCAUCACAACUCACUUAUUAUUACUUCGAUGAAUACUUAAAAUACAUAUACAGCACCGAUCGAUCAAGACCCGCCUCCAGCAUUUCCAGUACAUUCCUAAAAGGCUACAACAAAGACAAAGAGAUACAAAAUAAAGUAACACAAGUUGAAACAUCCUUGAACGACACGAAAAAACCCCGAAAAGCCGAAUCUAAAUUUAAGAAUAACGUAAGAAAAUAUUCUAAAAGACAAGUUACAGACGAAAUUAAAGACGUCGCCGAAACUAUAGAAAAUACGAAAAUUACUUAUCAAAAAAGUGGAAAAAGGAAAAGUCUCACGAUAUCUCGGGCUCAAAGUCCCGAGACAGUUCAAGUAAUUAGAGUUGAUGUUGUUUGUAAUUAUACAAACAGUGCUACCUCAGACUAUGAAGAUAAUAAAAAGAUUGAGUCGCCAACAGAGAGGUUGGAAUCAAUUAAAGAAAAUGAUAAUGUAGUGAAGAAAAAUUAUUUCUCGAAUAAGUACAGUAACCAUUUUGCGACAAAGUACCUUUUGACGAACACAAUAAAGUCGCUAGAUGAGAAUCUGUCUGGUGGGGCUAAGGUGACACUACUUUGUAAGACGUUUAAGUUAUCUGAUCGCCACAUACCCGAGAAGCCGGAGAGAGAAAGAAAGUUCCCCAAAACAACUAAAGGAAAAAAGGGUUACAAAUUGAAAAGCGGGCGCGGUGGCGUAUUGGGCGGGCGGGAUCGGUGUGCGCGCGAGGGGAGGUCGAUAAGCAGUUUGGAUCGGGAGGUCGAGGCAGACGGUCGCUUGCCCUGGUCGCAGAGCGGUCGCCACGCUCUCUACAACCCUCGCUCGCUCGCUCGGUUUAUUCCGCUCUCUCGUGCACCCGCGUCGCUCGUGCCUAUCGCUCGUACCGCCGCUCGCGCUCACUACUCCGCUUAUCGCUCGCGCUCGCCGCUAGCACCCGCCGCGCGCUCUCGUAGCGCUUUUCUCUACAUUUACCUAAUACAUCCUCCUGGGUUCAUGGCGGCGCAUCCCAGGAAUGAGCGACUUCAUGGGACGCUUUCAAAAGGUAGAUUGGGGAGUGGUCAAACGUGACACGCACAUCCUCUUCACCAAGCUAAUACGAACUAAGGACCCACGCGAUCUAGAAACGAAUCAAGACGGACCUG